AAGCAGGCCCAGACUCAGUUGUAGGUCGACACAAUCGCCAGUUUCCCCAAAUCAUUUUUAUACAAAUUUCGUACAGCGCAGCCCAAAAUAUUUACAUUUUUAGUUCAAAGUUUUAAAGGUCCUCAGAAAAAAAAGGGGCUCGGGCUUCUUGUACGAGACAACCACCGGCAAAAUAUAAACUCCAAAAAAAUCACAAACGGUCACAAAAGCAAGCAAAAACACAUGAAUAUUGCCCCAAGAAAUUGCAAAAAAUAAUCUAGUAUCAAAAUUUUACCAUCAGACACAAUUAUUCAGUCAUCAAAAUUGGACGCGCAAGCUAAGAUAAUUCUGGGACCCAUCCUCCAGCUUCAACUUUAGUUCAAUUUGACGGACUAGGACUAGGACUAGAUCUCAGGAAGAUCGGCUGCAAGGGAAUGCACUGUACAAUCCCGUAUUGCCAGCUUAACCCAACCCAUAGGUGAUCUCUUGUCAUUUGGCGGCCGGACAUUAAAUAUGAUGUGGACUAGACUUGGUCUGCGUGGCAUUACCAGGUCGCAAAGCUUGCACGGAAGGCGUACGAAGAUGAAGGAACAGCUGUCUGCCAAGCAGCACGAGCGCAACGAGAAGAAGAAGAAGAAGCUGGCAGCGCUGGCCAAUUUAAUGGAGCUGAAUGACCGCGACCGCUUGCACGAGGCGGAGAUGGCCAGGAAACGUGACGCCGCUGAAGCAAAUAAGGACGAGGCCAAGACAGGGCCAACGGAGCAAAGCACCAACAACGCCGACGACGACGGCUUUGUCACUGUUCCCAGCAAGCGGAAGCACCGGAACCGCCACACAAUCCGGAACAGUCCGGCGAAGGAGGGGCCGGCCAACAAGAGUGAAGACCCCGACGAGCCGACGACCAAGCGAAGUCGCGAGGAUAUGGAGGCCGGCGGCGACAGUCGACCGGCUGAGGAGAUCAGUAUCCUCAGCCAGGAGCAGUACAAAUCACUGGCCGUGGAACUGCGUCGUCGCAAGCGGCAGCUGGAGGACGUUCCGGGCCUGCGGCUGAGGGAGAUGGGACAGCGCGCCUCCCUGGAGACGCCCCAGCAUGCGCGCACGCCCAUCUUCCUCACCGACAUCCAGCACCUGCUGAUGUCGGCGCUCAUUGGCCAGAAGAGCCCCUGCCGGCCGGAUCGGUGGUGCAGCGUCGAGAAGUGGCUCAGUCUGUCGCACAGCGUGGUGGUCAUACUGGAGGGCCUGUCCCUGUACCACUACCUGUCGAACGAGACCCAGUUCGAGGCCACCAAUCGGAUAUUCAACACCAAGCUGGAGAUGCUUCUUCCGCCGCAGGACGAGGGUCAGAUCAUCGACGAGAUUGCCCAGAUUCCCCUCACCAAUAUCCAAGCCAAGCGCCUUAUCGACGAGCACGGCUCCCUGGAAUCCGCCCUGGAGAUGAACAAGGAUCCCACGCUAUUCGUAAAAACCAUCUUUCCCAUCGGGAAUGGCAAUCAAAAGCACUCUAUCGGUGACCUCCAUCCGGACGACAAGUUUCCGCGCACGAAGCUCCUACUCUCCGCCCUGCAGAUGGUCGACGAGGGCUACCCGAUUCCCCUGUCCGGGGAGCUGCACAGUCGCUUCCGCAACUUCAAGUUCACCAAGAAGUCGUAUGAGCCGGUGACCAAUCGGAGUCCCAUGUUCGGCGUGGACUGCGAGAUGUGCAGGACGGUGGCGGGACUCAAUGAACUGACCCGUAUCUCCAUUGUGGACGAACAGUACAAGACGGUGUACGAGACACUGGUGAUGCCCGACAACCGCAUCUCGGACUACCUCACGCAAUACUCUGGCAUCACGGAGGACAUCAUGAAGAAGGUGACGAAGCGGCUGGACCAAGUGCAGACUGAGGUGUCAGCGCUGCUGCCCCCGGAUGCCAUUCUGGUGGGCCAGUCCCUGAACUCGGAUCUGAACGCCAUGCGGAUGAUGCACCCGUAUGUGAUCGACACCAGCGUGUGCUUCAACAUCUCGGGCGUGCGGCGGCGCAAGAGCAAGCUGAAGCACCUGGCCCAGACCUUCCUUCAGGAGACGAUCCAGGACAACAAGGAGGGUCACGACUCCAUUGAGGACUCACGCGCUACGCUAAAGCUAGUCAAGAUGAAGCUGGCCAAUAGCAUCGAGUUUGGCGACGAGAUCCUCACGCAGCAAAAGCGCCUGCAGGAGCUGGCCAACGCCUCCAGCGGCGACACCAUCAGCAAUAACCUCUUCGCCCACGUGGCCAAGCGGGACAAGAGGACGGCCAUCGUGACGGUGGGGGAUCUGGAGCCACGGCUCAAGGAGGUCAUCCAGCAAGCGGACGAGGCAUCGCCCAAGGAUCACAGCAAAGCAGUGCGAGUUCACGAGGUCGCCACGCCCAAGGAGGCGGUGCGCAAGGUCAACGAGAUCGCCCUGGAGAACGCCCUCACCAUUGCGAAUCUGCGGGUGCCCGAGCAGGACUUUGUGCUGGAUAACGCCGAGCGGAAUGCAGCCAAACUGGACAGGAUCAUCGAUCGGCUGUGGAACACGGUGGCCCACAACGGCCUCUUCCUCGUCCUCAUGGGCGGCUCCGCGGAGUGCACCAAGGGCGUGGCCAAGAUAGCCAUCAAGCGGCUGAACGGUUCGGAGCAGACCAGCGCGCCGAUCGGAAGUUAGGAAGUUAAGAAGCUAUGACAUGGACAUAUUCUCAUCCUGCUGUUGUUAUUUACCUCUCUGGGAGUUCGACUGCGACCAGCCGCACCACGUACGGUUUGUGGCCAGCCGGAAACCCAAGGCGUAAACAAAUUUGCCGUAUCAUCCCCUAGACAAGACAAGUCAACGAGACCCUUACCACAAUCACACACUCGGAACCUGCGCUACACGCAACGAUGUAUCAUGAAGAUAAAAUUCUAAAUGGAAAGAACGUCACUUAAAAAUCAAUAAAAAAUUUUAGACUUAUCUUUUUCAUAAAGAAAUCUCA